ACACAAUAUCAGCGCGAACUUGGCGCAUAAGCAAUCACCGAUCGGAGUCGGUCGUGCGCGGUGUCCGGCACGUUCGCAAAAUCGCAGCAAUUUCGCAUCGUCUGCUCGGGCGGGCGUGCAUCGCGCAGGCUCGCCCAAGAUGGCCGGUCGUGAUCGCGUUUGUUGUGGUGGUGAUGGAGGCUUGCUCGGUGCCGAUCGAUACGCCUGCCGCCGAAUACCGGCCAUGGCGGCUACCGUUGUCGCGCGUCACACAUCCUGAGAUAAACGCGCCGACAAGAGUGCCGCGAUCGCUCACGCUAGAUCGGUCCGGUGAUGGUAAGCGCGAGCGCGGCCGCGAGUACGGGGCGUGGUGUGAGAGCGUAGCCGAGGCGGCUGCCUCCCCGCGUACGCGAAGAGCCCUGAGCCCUCUCUGAUCCACUCCACGGGACACACCAAGGAUAAGGUGAUGUAGAAGAAAUUGAUACUGCCACUUUUGACAUACCUAUCCAAGAAGUGAUUUGUAUCCUAUAUUUGCAAUAUACAAAAUAUCAAGACGGAGGACGAAGACAAAAAGAUGUCUCUGCCUAAUGCAGAGACCAGUACUAUGGAUAGAAUCUCAGAUGAUGACGAUGAUGAUCCCAGUAGUGAAUCAGAGGCUUAUGAAGAAGGAGAUCUUCUUACGGCUGCUAUGGAUGAUGACGUAACAGCCCAACUCGCUGCUGCAGGUUGGCAAUGCAAAAAGAGUAAUGGACCUGUUGGUGUAGCUGCUGCUGCAGCCAUUGUGUCAGCUAAAAAACGGAAACGACCUCACAGUUUUGAGACUAAUCCUAGCGUCAGAAAAAGACAGCAGAAUAGACUUCUAAGAAAACUUAGACAAACCAUUGAUGAAUAUGCAACACGAGUCGGACAACAAGCAGUUGUGUUAGUAGCUACACCAGGCAAACCAAAUAGUAGUUACAAAGUAUUCGGGGCGAAACCAUUAGAAGAUGUAGUCAAAAAUCUAAGAAACGUUAUUAUGGAAGAACUUGAAACUGCACUUGCACAACAAGCACCGCCACCUACGCAGGAUGAUCCAUCUCUGUAUGAAUUACCGCCAUUGAUAAUUGAUGGUAUACCGACUCCAGUAGAGAAAAUGACACAGGCACAACUCAGGGCGUUUAUCCCGUUGAUGCUAAAAUAUUCUACGGGCCGUGGCAAACCUGGUUGGGGACGAGAUAGCACGCGGCCUCCUUGGUGGCCUAAAGAGUUGCCUUGGGCUAAUGUUCGAAUGGAUGCGCGAUCAGAUGAUGAAAAACAAAAAAUCUCAUGGACUCAUGCAUUGCGGCAAAUUGUAAUAAAUUGUUAUAAAUUCCACGGAAGAGAAGAUCUUUUGCCAGCGUUUAACGAAGAAGAUGACAAGUCUAAUGUUCUGAUACAAGCAACGGCUCAUUCGUCGUCGCACCCUUCGCAUUCAUCACAUUCGUCAAAUCAAGGACAAAAUGGAGGACAGUCGCAACAGACGGUGGGAGUUGUUCGUCUCAACAGCACGGAAUCAUCUAAGGGAAACUCUUCACCGGCACAAAUCAUUGCCACAUCUCCCUCAGCUCUUGCCACUGCCACUCAGAUGACGGCCCAAUAUCCAACAACUGUAUUGCAGACAAUAACCAAUCCUGAUGGUACAGUUUCUAUUAUACAAGUGGAUCCUAGUACACCAAUAAUUACCUUACCGGAUGGUACGACAGCCCAGGUUCAAGGAGUAGCUACAAUUCACACGAGUCAAGGAGAAGUACAAGCAUUAGCGGAAGUAGCUGGUAGCACCGACGGUAGUGUGGCCGUUGAUCUGAACACUGUUACGGAAGCGACAUUAGGUCAAGAUGGUCAAAUCAUCCUCACUGGAGAAGAUGGACACGGAUAUCCAGUCUCGGUCUCAGGGGUGAUCACUGUGCCAGUGUCUGGUAGUAUGUAUCAAACUAUGGUGGCCAAUAUCCAGAGCGACGGCACGAUGCAGGUGGUAACGCCGAUGGUUCAAGUACCCAAAGUCGAGCCAGGAAACGGCGAUACAACCAUUGAAGCUGUUGCUAUACAGGGCCAUCCUAUGACUAUGAUAAAUGCAGGAGAACAUCAAGUUCUUCAAGUAAUAUCGUUGAAAGAUGCUAAUGUCCUGACGAAGGCUAUGCAGGCCGAAGUUGUCAAAGACGAGGAUAGCCAACAACAACAACAACAAACUGUACCUAGCCCAGAAUAACUGUCAAGUGUAAUUUAGUUAAUCCGCUCCGUGCUAUCCCGUGCAAUCGCGCAUUACGGUGUUAUACGGAGAAAUGAUAAAAGCAUGCAAUUAAUAAACGGUUGGUGUUGUUUUUCUUUCUCUUUGCGUCUCAUCGCAUCGUGUAGUGUGUUUUACUAACUGUGCGUCGUUAAACGACGAUAUUAUUUGAAAGUGAGAUGUAAAUGAUCGAUUGGGGUAAGAUAAGUCGUACUUGUACUCACGAUGUAUCAGAGAUAUUUGAGAGUACUCACAAUGUCUUGAACAUAAUAUUAAUUUUAAAAAAAAUGUUCUUUUGUAGAAAAAUUAAUUUACAAGAUUAUGUUCUUUUUAUAUUAGAGAAUGAAAAUUGAUAUGUGUAUUCCUUGAUAUUGACAACCUAAAAACAUAUUUUUAAUCUAGUCUAUCUAAAAAGAAAGGGAAAAAGAGAGUGUGUGUGUGUGUCCGAUUGAUAUGUGAAAUAUACCAAAGACAUUUAUUUUUUAGUAAUUCAAAAAAGAUAAUGUAUAUUAUAAGAAGCAUAUUCUACGAGGAAGUGUUUAUACAUAUAUGUAAACCGGUUUUAGUAAAUUAAUGUAUAAUUUAUAUAAAUUACACACACACACAAACAAAGCUCGAAUAGCAGUAAAUAUAUAUUAUCGUUUUCUUUAGCGUAAGAAAAAUUCCAAACUAUAUGUAUUAACCUUAAUAUUUUUUAACAAGAAAAAACG